UGUCGACAGUGAAAACAGCCUCCUAACAAAGGACUGUCCCUCCGAAUGAAUGGACCAAAAAGCAGGAUAACGCAAAUAACAAUUUACAAUUUCUGCAAUAAUGGCAAGUGGUCGGACCUCACCAGUGCUCCUAGUGCUUUUUUGCCAUGUUCUUUCCAUUGGCUCUUCCUUCCAACCAGCUCUGGUACUGGAUAUGGCGAAAAUUCUACUUGACAACUACUGCUUCCCUGAGAAUCUGGUCGGUAUGCAAGAGGCCAUUCAGCAAGCCAUCAACAGUGGAGAAAUCCUGAAAAUAUCUGACCGCAAGACCCUGGCUUCUGUGCUGACAGUUGGCGUGCAGAGUGCACUCAAUGACCCUCGGCUGAUUGUGUCCUUUGAGCCAAAUUUUGUUCCAAUAAUGCCGCCCACCCUCCCAUCCCUCCCCAUGGAACAGCUCAUCCGUCUGGUCAGGAACUCUGUGAAGCUGGAAGUCCUUGAGAACAACGUGGGCUACCUGAGGAUCGACCGGAUCAUAGGGGAGGAGACUGCUAACAAGCUCGGCCCGCUGCUCCGGGACAACGUCUGGAACAAGGUCGCCCAGACCUCCUCAUUAAUCUUUGAUCUGCGCUACAACACAGCUGGGGAACUGUCCGGAGUCCCUUUCAUCAUCUCAUACUUCUCCGACCCAGAACCUCUCAUUCACAUUGACACUGUGUUUGAUCGACCCUCUAACACCACUAAGGAGCUAUGGACGGUGUCAUCUAUCAUCGGAGAGAGGUACGGGAAACAAAAAGACCUCAUCAUAUUAACCAGUAAGCGUACUUUGGGAGCAGCUGAGGCAGUAGCCUAUACUCUAAAAAAUUUGAAGAGGGCUAUCAUUGUUGGGGAGAGGUCCGCUGGGGGCUCAGUGAAAGUGCAGAAGAUUAGAAUAGAGGAUUCUGGUUUCUACAUCACAGUUCCAGUGGCCAGGUCAGUGAACCCAAUAACAGGCCAAAGCUGGGAAGUGAGUGGGGUAUCUCCCUCUGUAAUUAUCAAUGCUAAAGAGGCUGUUGCCAGUGCCAAAAAUCUACUGGCUAUCAGGAGUUCAAUUCCAAAGGCUGUCCAGAGUGUCUCUGAAAUUAUCAGGCAGUAUUACUCAUUCACAGACCGAGUACCCGCUCUCCUUCAACAUCUGGAAUCCACUGAUUUCUUCUCUGUUAUUUCAGAGGAGGACCUGGCAAAUAAACUCAACAAUGAACUGCAGUCUGUGGCAGAAGACCCUCGUCUGAUGAUCAAACUGUCCCAAGAUCACCCAGUUAUUAUUGAGGAAGACUUUGCACCUGAGAGUAUACCAGAUGAUACAAUAUUUCUUAGCAACCUGGUGGAUACAGUCUUCAAAGUACGCAUUCUAGCUGAAAACACAGGUUAUCUUCGCUUUGACAAGUUUGGAGAUGUGUCUGUAAUGACCAAAUUAGAAGAGCUGAUUGCCCAAAAAAUCUGGGAGCCCCUCAAAAACACAGAAAACCUUAUCAUCGAUCUGCGAUACAACACAGGCGGUUCCUCAGCUUCCCUGGCCAUUCUGCUCUCUUUCCUCCAGGACCCUUCACAACAGCUCCACUUUUUCACCAUAUACGACAGGAUCCAAAACACCACCACUGAGUUCAAUAGUCUUUCCGGGCUCCCAGGCCCACCCUAUGGGUCUAAACGGGGGGUGUACAUCCUGACUAGUUACUUCACUGCAAGUUCUGGGGAGGAAUUUGCUUAUCUCAUGCAGACACUACACCGUGGCACCCUCAUUGGAGAAAUCACAUCUGGGACCCUGAUGCACUCCAAGUCCAUCCAGGUGGAAGACACAGACAUUGUCGUCACUGUCCCUUUCAUAAACUUCAUAGACAAUAAUGGGGAGUGUUGGCUAGGUGGAGGCGUGGUCCCAGAUGCCAUAGUGCUUGCUGAGGAGGCUGUGGAUCAUGCCCAUGAGAUUAUAGAGUUUCAUAGAGAGGUUCACUCACUUGUAAAGGAGACGGGGGAGCUCCUGGAAGUACACUACGCAAUCCCUGAGGUGGCCAACAAAGUCAGCAGAGUGUUGCUUGCCAAAUGGGCCGAGGGACUGUAUCGAUCGGUGGUCGACUAUGAGUCUUUAGCAUCCCAACUGACGGCUGACCUCCAGGAAACGUCCGGUGACCAUCGGUUGCACAUAUUUUACUGUGACGUUGAGCCUGAGUCUCUACAUGAGAUGCCCAAAAUUCCAACAAACGAGGAAGUGGAUUACAUCAUUGACGCUCUGUUCAAGCUCGAGGUGAUGCCCGGCAAUGUGGGCUACCUGAGGUUCGACAUGAUGGCUGACAUAGAAGUGAUGAGAGCCAUCAGCCCUCAGCUGAUCAAACUGGUGUGGAGCAAGCUGGUGAACACGGACACAAUGAUUAUCGACAUGAGAUACAACACAGGUGGUUAUUCCACUGCUAUACCACUUUUCUGCACCUACUUCUUCGACGCCAAGCCCCUGAGGCACCUCUACACCGUCUUCGACCGCUCCACCAGCACCAUGACUGAGGUCAUGACCUUACCCGAGAUACAGGGCGAGAGGUAUGGCACCACCAAGGAUGUCUAUAUCCUCACUAGUCACAUGACAGGGUCAGCUGCCGAGGCGUUCACACGGACCAUGAAGGAUCUGAACAGGGCCACGGUGAUCGGAGAGCCAACCAUUGGAGGGUCACUCUCCAGUGGCACCUACCAGAUGGGGAAAAGUAUCCUGUAUGCCUCUAUACCCAACCAAGUGGUCCUGAGUGCUGUUACUGGCAAGGUGUGGAGUGUCUCAGGGGUUGAGCCACACGUUGCUGUUCAGGCCAAUGAGGCUCUGGGGGUUUCCCAGAGAAUCAUUUCAGCCAGGCUUUUAAAGAGGGAUCAAGAAAAAUACAACUACUGUGGUUUUACUGCGAACCAGAAACCCGCCAAGAUGGCAAGGGCUCUCAUCUUGUUUGUAUCAUUGCUGGUCCUUGGGAAUGUUGUCGUCGACAGUGCUUUUGCUCCGGACCUGAUUGUAGCCAUGGCUAAAAUUCUCCUGGACAACUACUGCUCCCCGGAGAAGCUGGCCGGCAUGCAAGAGGCUAUCGAUGCAGCGAGCAGCAACACGGAGAUUCUCAGCAUUCCUGACCCGGAAACUUUAGCCUCAGUCCUAACCGGUGGGGUGCAGAGCACCAUCAACGACCCCCGCCUAACUGUCUCCUAUGAUCCAAAAUACGUCCCUGCGGCGCCACCUUCCCUGCCACCCCUGCCCCCAAACCAGCUCGUCGAAGUGCUUCAGAGCUCCAUUAAGCUGGAGGUCCUGGAAGGUAACAUCGGCUACCUGAGAAUCGAUCACAUCAUCGGCGACGAGUUGGCUGUCAAGAUUGGCAACCUCCUCCUGGAGCUAGUCUGGAACAAAAUCCUGCCCACGUCCGCGCUGAUCUUUGACCUCCGCUACACAGGCAGUGGGGACCUGUCGGGCAUCCCGUACAUUGUGUCAUAUUUUACUGACGCCGAGCCUCUGAUUCACAUCGACAGUGUGUAUGACCGUCCCUCUAACACCACCACCGAGCUGUGGUCCAUGCCCACACUGCUUGGCCAGAGGUAUGGAACCAAGAAGCCCCUCCUCAUCCUGACCAGUGGAAACACCAAGGGUAUAGCAGAGGAUGUCGCCUACUGUCUGAAGAACCUCAAGAGGGCCACCAUCGUUGGUGAGAAAACCGCAGGCGGGUCCGUUAAAAUUGACAAGAUCAAGAUUGGGGAUACAGACUUUUAUGUCACAGUGCCCUCAGCCAAGUCCAUCAACCCCAUCACAAAGAAGUCCUGGGAGGUCACUGGCGUGACACCCAAUGUUGAGGUUGAUGCUGAAGAUGCUUUGGCGGCUGCUGUUAAGAUCGUGAACCUCCGCGCUGAGAUCCCUGCCUUUCUUGCGGCAACUGGUGCUCUGGUGGCCAACAACUAUGCCUUUGAGAAUGUCGGCGCGGAUGUGGCAGAGAAGCUGGCAGCAGCAAGCGAUGACUACGCCUUCAUCUCUUCCAAGGAGGAACUGGAGACUAAACUCUCUGCUGACCUCUUAAGACUGUCCGGAGACAAAUGCCUGAAGACCACCCACAACAUCCCAGCCCUGCCACCAAUGAACCCAACACCUGAGAUGUUAAUCGAGCUAAUUAAGGUCUCCUUCCACACGGAUGUGUUUGAGAACAACAUCGGCUACUUGCGAUUUGACAUGUUUGGUGACUUCGAGGAGGUCCAGGCCAUUGCCCAGAUCAUAGUGGAGCAUGUGUGGAACAAAGUUGUUAACACAGACGCUCUGAUUGUCGACCUCAGGAACAACGUGGGUGGUCCCACUACUGCCAUAGCUGGGUUCUGCUCCUACUUCUUUGAUGCAGACAAGCAGGUCCUGCUGGACAAACUGUAUGACAGACCUUCUGGCACCAUUAAGGAGCUAUGGACUCUGCCUGAGCUCACUGGUGUGAGAUACGGCACCAAGAAGAGCCUCAUCAUCCUGAUCAGUGGGGCCACGGCCGGCGCCGCCGAGGAGUUUGUCUACAUCAUGAAGAAGAAUGGCCGCGCCAUGAUCAUCGGCGAGACCAGCAACGGCGCCUGCCACCCCGCCGAGACCUUCCGCGUGGGGGAGAGUGAUGCGUUCCUGAGCAUCCCCACCACCCAUUCUGACACAGCCCAGGGUCCAGUCUGGGAGGGGGCCGGGGUCACACCUCACAUCCCCGUGCCAGCCGCGGCAGCUCUGGACACUGCCAAGGGCAUCCUCAGCAAGCACUUCGCCGGCGCAAAGAAGUGAACCGGCUGACCGGGGGGCGUUGACGGGCGAAAGGGGCUGGGGGAUCUUGCGUUCCCAGUCGAGUAAAGUACGUAGGGCACCGUUAAACGCACUUCGCUGACCCAGUCUGACCCAGCCCUUUCACCUAAGCCUGGUUUAUGUAGCCUGUUGGUAGUGUUUCGCUAGAAAAUGUGAGAGAUUCUGAACAGGAUUGUGGUUGUUUUUUUACUUAUAGGCUUUACUUCUGGAAACUACCGUGAUUGUAGAAGGAUUUAAGAAAGUGCAAGUAAUUGAGACGGUAUAUUGAAAUGUGACUCGUGGCCUUGUGGCUAUGACCAAUGUCAAAACAACUUAGUUGUUUGCCUAUCAAAAUCAAUGUGAAUUGUGAAUUGCGUAGGAACAUUAAAUUUCAAAAAGGUGCAUUGAAUCAAAUGCUAAAAAUGUAUUAAUGACAUAUCUGCAUUUCUUUAAAUAUUGUAAUAUAAUGUCAAGUGGCGGGUGGAUCUUUACAAAAAAAUUGUUCUGUCUGAUGGGGAGCGCUCUUAAAUAUCAUGCAGUGUCUUUUUGUUGUUUAUGGGAGAAGGUUUUGUGUCCAUAUAUAUUGAGUUUCCAUGUGAGGAUUUGAUCAUUUUGGUUCUAUCAAUUCCAAUGGGUGGGAUACGAUAAAGGCAAUUGGAACAUGUGUGUGUUUUCAUAACAGAGGUUAGGACGGGAGCAUGAAAACCAAGCAUUGUUUUAAAAUGAUGUAACACCAAACACAUUUUUGUCUCAAAAUGGAACAACUACAAAGAAUAGUGCAUUUGUUCAGAAAAUGGCAAACACACUAACAACAAAAAAAAAUAUGCAAUCAAUCCCAGACGUUGUUACUUAACUUUGAGUUACAUCGUCUGGUUAUAAUCCAUCCCAACAAGGAGUGUAGUCGAUGGAAUUGGAUUUCUCUUUAUUUCACUGGAACUAUUCACUGCGAUCAGUUUAUACAUUCCCAGAGCAAUUAUCAAUGUAUUAAAUCUGUCAGUUUAAGGAACAUCUAUCCAUUCUGGCUGCUUCCUUUAAUUUGGCCUGUAAUAAACAGAUUUUAUUGUCA